AUGUCUGCGCCAAUUCUACAAGCGCACUGUCCCAACCCCAGUGUUGGCACAGCCAAUGGUUUGCUCAGCACCUUAGUACAGACGCUAAUCACAGCGCAAUGUGCGAUUUCCGCAAAGGAGAACUGGCCCGAGGACUAUGGCGGUCUGGCGCUGGAGAACGGUUUAGAACCAUAUGAUUUUGUGGUGAUCGGCGCGGGCACAGCAGGUUCAGUGGUCGCUAGUCGUUUAAGUGAGAAUAGAAAUUGGAAGGUGCUAGUUUUGGAAGCCGGCGGUGAUCCACCCCAAGAAUCCGAGAUUCCGAGCCUGUACACCUACACAACAUUUACAAAGUAUAACUGGAACUAUUAUACUGAACCCCAAACGACCGCCUGCUAUGCCGCGCGUGAUCGCAAAUGUUACUGGCCGCGCGGUAAAAUGAUUGGUGGCACUGGCGCUAUAAAUGGCAUGCUUUUUCUGCGUGGAAAUCGACGUGACUAUGACAACUGGCUGGCGAAGGGAAAUGUAGGAUGGGGUUGGAACGAUGUACUGCCCUAUUUUCGAAAAGCUGUGACACCAAUCGGCAAUAGCACUUACCCUAUGGGUCAUGUGGUAUUAAACGACUUCAAUUUCUACUAUGACGAUAUACUCAAUUUGGUGUGUAAUGGAUCUGCCACGUUAGGCGUGCCCCGUGUACCUCAAAUCGGUGACGAGGGUGCCGCUAUUGGUUGUACUCGCGCGCCAGGCACAGUGGAGAAUGGCAAACGCAUGAGCACCGGUAAAACAUAUUUGGGACGUGUUCGCCAACGACCAAACCUGCAUGUAAUCAAGCACGCUCAGGCCACUCAGAUCAAUUUCGACAGAAGUGGUCGUCGUGCGGUGUCGGUCUCAUUCAUGUUAAGGGAUACAUACAAAAGGACUGUGAAAAUUUUGCGCGAACUUGUGGUAUCAGCCGGCACGAUUGAGUCUGCGAAGCUACUAAUGCUAUCAGGUAUUGGGCCAAAGGAGCAUUUAGAUAGCUUGAAAAUCCCAGUAUUGCAUGAUUUGCCUGUUGGCAAUAAUCUACAGGAUCAUCUUAUGAACUUGAUGUUUUUCACGUUGAAUGUGCGGCCGAUGCAACGCAUUACUCAAGAAAAAGAAAUGGAGAACAUGGUAAACUAUCUAUUGCAUAACAAAGGACUGCUUUCGAGCCAUGGCACCGCUUCGGUUGUAAGUUUUGUCAAUACGCUGCCAGAGAGUGAUGUGCCAUAUCCCACAACGGAAUUCCACAAUAUCUUCUACCAAUAUAGCGCCAUCGCUGCUAUGAAUCUGACCACGAAUGUGUUCGCCAUGCAACCGUUAUAUGCUGAUUAUUUACGUAGCAUAGUGAAUCAAUCAGAUAUGAUUAAUAUAUUCAAUGUACUUUCUCACCCAAAGUCAACAGGGCACAUACGUUUAAGCAGUAGAAAUUACAAGGACAAUCCACGCAUUAUACCGAACUACCUUGAUGAUCCAGAAGAUAUCGAAAGUAUGCUCCGUGGUGUACGUUUCCAGGAACGGCUUAUACGUACUGCUCCUUACCGCGCUGUAAAUGCCACCAUUCUGCGUAUACCUAUAAAGGAAUGCGAUAAAUUAGAGUAUAGAAGUGACGCUUAUUGGCGCUGCUACAUCAAAUACUUCACCACAACUCUUUAUCACAUAACUGGCACAGUGAAAAUGGGAACACCUACCGAUACCACUACGUGCGUGAAUCCUCACCUACGCCUGCAUGGCACUUGGAACGUGCGUGUGGCUGAUGCGAGCAUUAUGCCAGAUGUGAUCAGCGCAAAUACGAAUGCAGCAACGAUUAUGAUUGGGGAACGCGCUGCAGAUUUCAUAAAAGCCGACUGGGCAGCAUUGGACGCGAGAACAUGA